UCUGAAGUAAAUAAAUCACCAUCAAAUACAAGAAGACAGCAGCGCUGACCCCAGCGGAACACUGUCACUGUGUAGUUUGUUCCUACACGGAGCGGCAUGAAGACACACCGUUGCUAUUGGAUGCAGCAGUAGCGUUAGCUUUCCCACAGCAGCGGCAUGCUAACGAUGAUGGUGACAGCUAAACUGUCAUAGAAAAUAAACUGAAAGUUGUGACGUCACUGGUUAUGUUUUGUCGCUUAAAUAGGUUGGUGUAUUGACGUCAUCCGGAUUACGUAUUCGUCUCAGGAGCUAACAGAGCUAAACUAGCAGCAGGAUUAGCCAUAACCCUGGAAACAGCGACGGUCAGCAGUGUGAGCGGUUAGCGGAAGGCGGCUAGCAGCCGUUAGCUCCUCUGGUAGAAUAUCAGUUUAAUAUGAGGUGCAAGUACAGAAACCGACAGGGACACGAGGAGGAGGAGGAGGAGGAGGAGGAGGUUCUGUUUGUGCACCAGACGACCAGGUUGAGUCUGCAGGUGUUCAGACAUGACUGAGGUGGACCUGGAUCUGAGGUGGUCCACAGCGAUUGGGGCCACUCUGCUUCUGGACCUUUGUCAUAUUUCUGGAGUGACAUGUCGGACUGUGAUCCACCUGCUGUAGAGGAGGCUCUUGGACCCCAUGGUUCCCCUGGUCUCCCUGGUCAUCCUGGACCUGGUCGCCUCCCUCUGGCAGAGAAGGCCAUGUCUGAGGCCUUUGCGAGGCUGCGGUAUCGCGACACAUCCCUGCUGAUCUGGCAACAGCAGCAGCAGGACCUGCAGGUGGCUCCGCCUUCCACCUACCUGAACCGGAGCCAGUCAGCCUGGUACAGCAGCUUUGGGAACCAGGCUGUCCUGGUUCGAGACAAAAAGGGGCUGGAGGACACAGAUGGACGGUCCAGGAUCUGCAGCGUCAUGUAGACUGAAACAGAUGCUGUGAUCCAGACUGAACAUCUGAGAGGAUUCAACAUUUCUGUUCAGUUUUCAGUCGGCAGGUCGGUCUGUUCAGGUUCUGUCCCAAAGUAGAACGAUACCAUUGAUCCUCUGGCACACUUGGAUUAAAUAAAUCGGCUCUUCGUCGAGCUGCUUGGCUAAGAGGUGUCCCGUGAACCUGAGCUCUUUGGAUCAAAUUGGACUGAACCCUCAGACUCAAGUCAAGAGGAGACGAAGCCUAGAACAUGUUCUGAAUUAGUUAAAAUUGUCCUGUUCAGACUCUCCUGACCUGGUUUUGGUUUUCAUAUUUUGCUCGUUGUCAGUAUUUUUAUUUUUGGGUGAUAUAAAAUGUUUACAUGCUUCAUUGUUUCCCCACACAUUAAUUUAUUUCAAUAUUCAAUAUCUUAUUAAUAUCAACAUGGCCACCACGUAUUGAUUCUGUAUUUCAGGAGCUGCGUCUCGUUCUCUCUCACUGAAGACAGCAGCCUUCAGUGAAUCGCAUGAUGCCAGAUACUCCGAUACAUCGGACGGUGGUGUUGUUUAAAGUCUGCUGCUAAAACCAACGAAGAAGAGGAGGAGGACUAUUUAACCCAGUUGGCUCGACUGUAACUUCCUCCGCAGAGAAGACGGCCGACAUCAUCGAGAUCAAUCCCCUCAAAGACCUCCAGGGCUUGAAGACAGUUUGUGUCUGGCUGAGCCAUGUGAUGACAUCAUCACAUGAUGACGUCAUCACUGUGAAAGUUGCAUCUGUAAAAUGGUCAUUAAAACUUCACAAUCUCCUGAAAUGACUCGUUUUGCUGUCAGAAUUUUGGCAUUUCGGUCCAGUAACAUUUGGAGAGUCUAGAAGAACUGCCCAGUUACAUUUUAUCCCAUCCAAGUUAGCUCGGCGCUAAUCUGGAGGUUAGCCAACUCAGUUGGCAGAAGUCUUUGUGUGCGCACGCUCUACGGCACCGCAGCUGGACAGCACCACCAGAACUACAGUCUGAUUCUGUGGGAAACACUGCACAUGGUUUGUCUCUCCUCUGCAGCUGCAGCUCCUCUGUUCAGCCUGUCUGAACACUCUUUGCUCCAUCUCUUUAAGGCCCACCUCCUAAAUGGCCCAUUCUGCUCUGAUUGGUUGGUUUACACAGGCCUGAACAGGCACACAGUUUGUGUACUUCUCGUGUCCUUCACAGUGUUUGUAUCUACAGCACACACUUUAUAAACACAUCUGACCUUCAUCAGUCAGCAGUCUGGUGUUUCUUCUUCUGUGGUUUGAAUGACAUCACAGUUUGUUUGGGGGACUUUUCUCCAGAAACAACCAAACCAGAAAUCCACCACUGAAGAAGAAACACAGCAGUUUAUACAGGAGUACUAGAGACAAUGCACUGCAGCAUCCUCAGAACAGACUGGGCGCUGAUGCUGUGUUCAGGUGCAGCACGGAUGGUCCCAUCUCCUGAUUUGUGAAGUCAUCCUUCAGUGUUCAGUGUACAUGUGGGAGCAACAUGGACGCUCAGAAACGACACAGUGACGAUAAAACACAUCACUUUAGUAAAUUGGGCAUUAUGGGAAAUGUAGGAGCGGUAAAGGCUUUUAUUCUUGUGAAGGAAGAAUAAAAGGCUGGAACCAGGUGUGACUGACCUGUCCCAGUCAAGAAACAGGAAGUCCAAGCUAAAACUAUCCCUACAAGUCCCAAGUUAAAGGAGCAAUCUGUAGUUUUCUUCAAUGGCUGAUUUUAAACAAACUUAAUAAUCAAACUCUUUAUUUUCAUGACAGAAAAAACAAACUCAUCUUAUACUGUUGUACUCUGUUUAUAUGUGAUGGAUGUGUGUGUGUAUAUACGUGUAUAUAUACAUAUAUGUUCAUAUACAUACACAUGUAUGUAUUUUAUUGUCCUCUGACAACAGCUGGUUUAGUUACUGAUGGAAACAGUUUGUAUUAUUACCUCAUUAAUAUUGUGAAUAUAAAUUCGGACUGCA